ACACACACACGUCACACACCCGAGCAGGAAGUUAACGGUGGAGUUUCCAUUCCUCCUCCGAGACAGAAAACUGAAUAAGGCUUUGUUUGCGUCUACCUCGUCUCAUAUCCACAUCCCUCACAGUUUUCUUUCUGGAAUCGCAUCUUUGGAACUAAAAACGAUGUCGCUUUACCCAUCUCUGGAGGACCUGAAGGUGGACAAGGUCAUGAGGGCACAGGCCCAGUUUGCCCAGUCCACCUCCACUGCUCCAGCAAUCACUGAGGGCACCUACCAGCCUGCUGUGCAAGGCAUGCCAAGCUCAAGUCUGUACCCAAACCUGGAGGAGCUAGGAGACUACAUGGGGCUAAGUCUCACCAGUGAUGAGGUGCAGAAGAACCUGGCUGUCAUCCCAGCUGCAGAUAAUCAGGUGGCCGUGCCCUCAAGUUUACGGGGCAUGGUGCAACCAGUGACGGGUGCUGAUGUGGGCAUCAGGAGAGCUGAAAUUCGCCCAGGUCUGAGGGAGGUCAUCCUCUGCAAGGACCAGGAUGGCAAGGUUGGCCUGAGGCUAAGAGAAGUUGACAAUGGUGUGUUCAUUCAGCUGGUGCAGGCAAAUUCACCUGCGUCUCUGGCUGGACUGCGUUUUGGAGACCAGGUACUUCAAAUCAAUGGGCAGAACUGUGCUGGUUGGAGCACAGACAAAGCCCACAAGGCACUUAAGGCAGCAGCUGAACAGCGCAUUGAGCUUGUGGUCCGUGAUAGACCCUUCCAGCGCACAAUCACCAUGCAUAAGGACAGCACUGGCCAUGUUGGCUUUAUCUUUAAGUCUGGCCGUAUCACUUCUCUGGUGAAGGAUAGUUCUGCUGCCCGCAACGGCCUUCUCACUGAUCACAACAUUUGUGAGAUCAAUGGACAAAAUGUCAUUGGACUCAAGGAUCCUCAGAUUAAAGACAUCCUGACCUCAUCUCCUACUACCAUGACCAUCACCAUCAUGCCCAAGAUCAUCUAUGAGCAUAUGAUUAAGAGGAUGUCAAGUGGCCUGCUAAGGUCAGCAAUGGAUCACUCUGUGCCUGAGGUUUGAGCCUUUUACACACUUUAGCUUCUUCCAGAACAUCUGCAAUCUACAUCAGGCCCUUCUAGCACAUGGCUGGUCUGUGUUAGAGUUAAUCCUGUCUUCAAUCAUUUUCAUGUAUAACAUAUAAAGUUUCUCUUUUUCUACUUUAGAUGUUCUUGUAUAUCUAUUUUUUCUAUUUUCCUUGUUACUGUUGCAUUGUUAAAUUGUAUUUUAUAAGUAACAAAAAUAAUCAUUCGUCACCUGUCCCUGAGUAUUACUGCCUUUGUGUUUUUGGUUUUAUUUUAAUUGCACCUUUUGAUUAGUUAUUGGGCAAACAAAAAACAAGGAAUAGGUUUGUUCCUGGGCUUCCGGAGACAGAUAAGGAUUGUGGGCAUUGACCUCAGUACUCUAAUAUUAAAAAUUUUGGAAAGUCAUUCACUAUGCACAGGUUUCAUCAGUCUCUCUUGUUAAGAGCUUAUCAUUCACACCUAUGUGCCAAUAAGGACUUUUACUGCCAGACUGUAAACAAGGUUGACACACACACACACACACACACACACACUUUUAUUUGUCCUUUUGAAAUAUAUAAAUCAUUGAUGACACUUUCUUUAAUUAUGUAAAUUCUAUUAUGGUUGCAAUGUAUUCAACUAUAGCCUCAACAUACUUGUAAUAAAAGCAAAUAAAUAAUUAUAGUGAUAAAA